AUGAAAUCGGUUAGAAAACCAAAAGACUUUAGCAUCGAGAGUAUUCUAGCCGAUAAAUUCAGGUUUCUUCGAAAUGACCAAUAUAUAAACCCGUCUCAAUUUAGUGUAACAAAAACUCAUGAACUUGAUUUACAGAAAGAAAAAUUUGAAAAAAAUAUUGGAACAGCCUUUGAAAUUAGUAUAGAAGAAGAUGUUGCGGUAAAUACAAAAAAUAAUUUUGCAUCCAUUAAGGAAAAUCCUGCACCGAAUCCUGCGCAGAAUUUACCGACAAACUUUGGAAUUGGCACAAGAGAUACGUAUCGAAUAAAUAAUGUGUUUAAAAAUAACGAAUUUAGUGAUGCGGAAGAUUAUGGUGUGUAUUUUCAACGAAAAAGUGAAGUUAACGUAGAAGAAAACGACGAAGUGAAUUUCAAAAUAAUCAAUUUCAAACAAUAUAAGGAUGAGGAACAUUGUAUAAGUUUGCUAAAUACUGAAGAAAAUAAUAUCGUUAACCAGUCUUAUAAAAUUUCAAAGUUCGACAUAAUUGGAAAAUGUACCACUGAUAUGAAAAGGUCCUGUUUAAUUGCUGAUGAAAAAAAACAUAUGACAGUCUAUCAACAUUUUUCAAAACCUCUUGAACAAGAGGAAUUUAAUUCCAAUGAAAUAAGCGACUCAAAAAUAACAACGCACACUGGAAAAGGACUCGUAACAAAUUCUGAAUACGUUAAACCUAAGAAGGGUGAUGAAUAUUACGAAAAAAUAAAUGAACGUUACGGUAAUGUUAAUAUAAAUGAACAACAAAAUAACAUAAUAAAUUUGAAAUUGACAAAGAUAGAAAAUAGAUCUCCGUCGUUUGAUAAUAUGAAAGAAAAGCUAAUUAAUCUUUUAAAUAACAAAACAGAUUAUGUAGAAGUAAUGAAAAAUGCAACAGAGUUAGAAUGGCUUCGAUGUACAAGGUAUAAACCUCCAAAAAUUCCUAGAAAACGUGCGAUUGGGAAAAAUAGACGAAAGCCCAGUCUUCAUCCUCGAAUACCAUUUUCAACUUUUCAAUUGGAUUUUCUCGAGCAGCAAUUUCAGAACAAUGCUUAUCUUUCAAAAGACAACGUAUUGGAGAUAUCAAAUGUCUUAAAUCUUCCUCCUAACAGGAUAAAGAUUUGGUUUCAAAAUCGACGUGCCAGGGAGCGACGUGAAUUUUGUAUUAAUAUAUAA